GGGGUACCUUCAUAUACACACACGACAGAGCCAAGCUGAUCUCAUGCAAUUCCAUCAGAGGCGAAGGGACGCUGUAGAUGCUUGAGCAGUGCUAAUGGCGGAGGCGGUGGGUUCGGCGCUCGUCCAAGGCGCCGUCAGCCAAAUCCUAUCCAACCUGAUCGACGGGCACGAGGAGGAGAGAGGAGAGAAGUCCAAGGACGACACCGAGACCAACCUGGAGCGGCUAGAGAUGGCGCACAUCAGGCUGGGGGCAGCGCUGGAGACGUCCGAGAGGUGGCGCGGGGUCACGGCCGACAACGCGUCGCUGCUGCGCUGGCGGAGGAACCUGAAGCGCGCGGCCCGGGAGUGCGACGCCAUGCUCCACGAGUGCAAGCGCAGGGUCCUGGAGGACGAGGCGACGGAGCGGGAGGCGAGUCGCGGUCGCCUGGCCUUCCCCAGACGGGCGGCGCGCGCGGCCAGGGCGCUCGUCUCCUCCGCCCUCGGCCUCAACAACCUGCAGCCGAGCAGGGCCGCCGUGCGGAGGUUCGAGUGGUACGCGGACGGCGCGGGCGAGUUCCUGCGGUUCGUGGAGCUCGGCUGCUGCGCGCCGCGCUGCCGCGUGCCCUCCGCCGCCGACGCUUUCGUCCGGAACCUCGCCGCGGGGAGGAAGCUGCAGCACGUGGUGGAGCUGGGGGACCGGUGCACGUUCUUCCUGCUGUGGCUGCCGUUUUUCAUCAGUGAUCCUCCGGCGGAGGAGCGCGGGGUCGAGGUGGUCCUGUUCUUCAUCCAGAAAGACGGCCUGGCGCCCCAGAACAGCUUCUACUUCAGCGUCACCCUGCAGCUCUCGGAGAGCACGGACGUUCUCGGGGUCGCCGUCGAAUGCCUGGACCUGUACACGCCGCUUUUCGGGUCUAGAGUCGAGACGGUCAGGAACAUGCUCACGCGGCUGCCUGCGCAGGACUUGUCGUGCUCGUGGGCGCCGUUUCUUGAUUCGCGCCAGAAAAGGCACUGGGAGAACCUCCAUUCCUGUGUCUCUCAGUGGCAUCGCCCAGACCCGUCGUGCUGCAGGCAGCACGAGCUUCACUGUGGUAGUAGCAGCAACACAAGCACGCCGCCAGACGUCUCUCUGCUAGCGUCGGUCAUCGGAGUGCACCUGCAGUGCCAGGUCGCGUUGCAGGAUGAGGGCUCCCUGCAGUACCUGACAGCCGGCCUGCUGUUUGCGCCGCACGCUGGCUCUUCACAGGACCUGCGUCCGGCUGCGGACGACGACAGCGCAUCAUCAGCCGUGGUGGUGAGCCACCACAGCAGCGACGACGAGCACCGUCGCGCGCACGCAGGCGUCACCUUGGCCCAGGUGGAAGAGGUCACGCUGCCCAUGGCCGUCGACUACUUCCGCCGGUACGCGGACGCGCCGGUCUACCGGAUGCUGUGGAAGGCGAGGCAUGGCGCCGCGUACAUUCAGGUCGCGAAGGCGGCGUCAGGCACGGAGACGCAGAGCGCGCGGCGGGGCGGUAGCAGGGCAAGAAGCGCGGCGAUGCGACGGCGGCAGGAGGAGGAGGAGCCGUACGUGAUCCCUCACUUCCUCAGCCUGUGGGCCGCGCACGCGCCCAGCCGGCUGCAAGGCUCCAUCGCGAGGUGGAUGCGGAAGGAGAAGGAGAACCGGCUUGCACCUUCGCAGAUGCGCCUCGAGUUCUAGGUCAUUUUGCAAACCUGUAUGCACUCAUGCUUGCAUAUAUAAUCAGUAAACUGGUCGUUAUGCCUCUUCCGGUCUUCCCCUCUAAAAAUUCUUCGGGUAUCACAGGUUUACUGGUUAGACCAUAUAUUCUUUUUAUUUAUG